AGAGCUUUAAUUAAAUUAAUAUUUUUAGAAUUUCAACUGUAUUUAAUUUUUAAAUUUCUUUAAGCAUAAAAAUGCAGUAUUUUAUUGUAAUAGUAUUUUGUAUUUUUAGCUAUUUUAACUUAUUGGCAGCACAAUUUUUUGAAAAUACAGACUUAAUAAAGGACAGUAGUCUAUCAAAAGAAAUAACUGCAGAACUUGAAGAAUUAUUUAAAGAUGUUAAUAAGAAUGAUUUAGAAGGAAGCACAUUCGAAUAUGCGGCACUUAUACUUUAUGAUUUUAUAAAAAACAAAAAUGAAUCUGAUGUUAAAAACAUAAUAAAAAAGUGUAAAGAAAUGAAAAAGGAUUUAACUGUUGAAGGAAUAUUAGAAAUAAUAGACAAUAACAUGUCAGACGAAUCAUAUACUAAGGACGAAGAAAUGAUUGAUGAUAUUAUGAAAAAUUUAUUUAAAUUUUAUUCCAAAGGAACUGAACUCAUUUCUAAAUCAGACAUUCUAGAUUUUAAUAAUAUUGCAAAUAUAAAUAAUAGUGAUGAGUCUUUUCAAAAAAUUCUUCAAGAUUUUCGUAAUGAUAAAAAUGGUAAACUAAACUUUCAAACUUUUAAGGAUAAGAUGAAACCAUACUGGAAAGAAUAUCUAUCGGAUAUUUAGUUUGCUUCAAAAUAUGUACUGUUAAUAUUUAAAUGUAAUUAAAUUUGAAGUUAACUAUUUUGAUAAUUAAUUAUUUUUUAUAAAAUAUACUAUAUACUUUAAUA